UCGCCUCAGCGCCGCGCGCGGCUUUUUUUAGCACUAAACAUAACCUAUUCGGCCUAGAUAUAUUUCGACAAUACAAACAUUUACUAUAUUAAUAAUUUGUACAUAUCACGGUAGAAUGAUAAAAGGGAAUCCAUUGUUUUUAAUAAUCGACGUCAUUUUUAGUAGUCAAAAAUUUUAAUAAUCGGACAGGAAACUAAACAAAGACGUAUAUUGAUUAUUAUUAUUCAGGUGCGGGUAAACGUGAUUAACUUUAUUCAAAUCAAGUGCAAAGACUCGAUACAAGCCAAAGAUGAUCUUCCAAAACAACAAACGGUUAAGACACAAACAAGUGAUACUAAACCGCAGAUAGGUGUAAAUAACAUGAUCUAGUUCCAUAGAUCAUGCAAGGAAAAUAAUCAUAAGAGUCCUUAAUUCUCCCUCCGCAACGUUGCUUCCUUUUUUCACUAUAUUAAAAAUAGAAAUACGCAAAAAAGUGCCUCUAUUUACUUAAUAGUUACCAAUAGGAAAGACAGACAUAAAUAUUUAUUGAAGCAAUCAUAUCAGAACUACUACGAGUACUUACGUAAUAAAUAAUAUCUAACUGCCUUAAGAAUUAAGUGCCAAGAGAUAAUUUUUAAACAAUAAGGAUGUCGCACGUAGCGGUGAAAAGCACAAAGAAUGGGAGCAGUUCUCAGGCCGUGGAGGCUUCGAGGGAGGGUUCGGAGAGCCUGCCGCCCCCCCCAGACGGAGGGUGGGGCUGGAUGGUGGUGUUCGCAUCCUUUAUGAUUCAUAUAGUCACGGACGGCAUGACCUAUUCGUUCGGCGUGUUCUACGCGGAGUUCCUGACCUACUUCAACGAGGGCAAAGGCAAGACCGCAUGGAUCGUAUCCAUCCUUGUUGGGGUCACGCUGAGUUCAGGUCCUGUAUCCAGUUCUUUUGUGAAUCGAUGGGGAUGCCGUUCAGUAACAGUGGCUGGUGCUGUGAUAUCAGCGGUGUGCGUGGUGCUUUCAGCUUUCGCGAACAAUAUUACAACCCUCAUCUUCACCAUCGGCAUCGGCGCUGGUGUUGGCUUCGGAAUGAUAUAUCUUCCGGCUAUCGUCAGCGUCACCGUUUGGUUCGACCGGUAUAGAAGUCUUGCAACAGGUAUUGCGGUAUGCGGGUCUGGUCUCGGCACAUUCCUAUUUGCACCAAUCACAUCAGCCCUCAUUUCGAACUAUGGAUGGCGAGGUGCAAUGGCUCUGAUUGGAGCCUUCAUUCUCAACUGUAUACCCUUAGGGCUAAUGUUUAAACCAGUACCAGAACGUCCGAGAACACCAGUAUCUGAACCGAUGCUACCAAAAUCAAAUAAAUCGCCUUUAAAAAGAUCACAGAGUACUGAACAAAUAAAGCGAGCAAAUGGAAAAAUAGAAGAUGACGUGGCAAGACUGACAUUAUCCCAACCUGUCCUGAAUAAAACACAUGAGCAAAAGAGUAUUUCACAUUCGCGUCAUGGAAGUGGUAUAAUGCAAAGGCCAGAUGUACUGUACCAAGGAAGCAUGACUAGUUUAGCAAAGUUCAGGAGCACAUCUCCUGAAAGAGUUCAGAUAUCGAUUAAGAAAAAAGAGCGAGAACAAAGAUGUGGUUGGUUACCUUGUUCGGAAGAAUCAAAAGCGGCGCUCUCAGAAAUGCUCGAUGUAUCUCUUCUGGUCGAUCCUAUAUUUAUACUAUUUUCCGUAUCAAACUUUUUAACUAGUAUAGGGUUUUAUAUACCGUAUGUUUAUACUGUGCCUAUGAGCGAGAAACAAGGCAUCGAGAAUUCACCAUAUUUAAUAUCUAUAAUUGGUGCAUCUAACUUAGUAGGCAGGAUUGUUCUGGGGUACAUCAGUGACAAGCCCUGGGUUAACCGCCUAUUAGCCUAUAAUGUGUGCCUUACUAUUGCUGGAAUCAGUACAGCAAUGGCAAUGGUUUGCUGGGAAUUCUGGGGUCUGGCUAUAUACGCUACAACUUUUGGCUUCACUAUUGGUGCUUACGUUGGUUUAACCUCUGUAGUACUAGUUGACCUUCUUGGUAUAGAAAGAUUAACAAAUGCAUUUGGGCUGCUAUUAUUGUUCCAAGGAAUAGCUUCAUUAAUUGGACCACCUUUUGCAGGUUGGUUAUAUGACACACUACACUCGUAUGCGCCGGGUUUUUACGUUGCGGGUGGUACAAUAUCUGUUAGUGGACUAAUACUUUUCUUCAUCCCCAUGUUGCAAAGGAGGAUGAAUAACAGGGAAACUAUGCUAGAGCAAAUUUAGCAGGAAGCACAACGAGGGCCCUGGCAUGACUAUCCGGUGAUCGUGCUCAACAGUCCCUCGACUCCCUCCUCCAUGGGUUCAACGGAGGACACCUACAGCAACAGGGUAUAUACAACUACAAUUGUAGAAGAAUACAAUAAAGAUAGUAUGCUAAGAAUGUAGAUAAUAAAGAAUUUGUAAAUAUCGAUAGCAUAGAUGAUAGUGACGUAUUUUUUAAUAGCGAAAUUCAAGCUCAUUCCAAAGAUUGCAUGAAAAUUGAGUGUGAUUAUUUUUAAUAUUAAGGCAGUGUUCAAAUGAAAGUUAAACGUUGAAAUGUAAUAAUAGUAAACACGCGUGAUAUAGCAUGUAAAUAGCAAAUCUAGAACUUCAACAAAUUACCUGAUAUAAACAAGUGCUACAUUAAGUUAUUAACAAUAAAUACUUAAUUUUUGAUUUUGUUUUAAUAGUCUACGCGGAUGUUGUUAUUGAUACUAUUAAGUAAACACUUAUUAAAUUCUUGAUAUCAUUUAUUAUAAUUAUUUUUAAAUGUAUGUAUGUUACAAUGGUUUACUUAUGUUAAGUGUAAUAAUAAUUAAAAAAAUAUUUAUCUACCUGCUAUCCUUGUACUAUAUAUAAUAUAAUUAUGAUUCUAUGCACUUUUAUACAAUAUAAAGUUAACAAUGUUACAAAUACUUAAUUGUGUAUUAUAAAAACUAUUAUACAUCUGUAUAUAAAAAUUACUUACUGUAUUAUAUCUAAUUAUUAAAUGCCUUAUUGUGGACCAACUGUGGUUAGAUUGUAAUCGUGGUCCAAAUAUCUAAUUAUUUCAAUGCAUUAAUUAAAACCUAUGAUAAUGCUUCUCGUAAAUAUUUUUCUAAUAUUUUGAUAAAGCAUUAUCAAACUUUAUCAUGAUUACUUUCGUCUAUAUUAUGUGCCAUAGUACUAAUGUUGAAAUCAUUUAUAUUGAUUUUGUGCGAAAACUGUAAAUAUCUACAAUCUACAUAAUUUUCAACUUUAUAAAUCACAUCAGACUGACUUUAAAGACGCAUAAUUUUUUACAGAAAAUUAUAUUAAACCAAAUAACCCAUAAUCACAAUAAGUGGAAUUAAUCACUAACAAUGUAAAUAAUAUGACUUGAUUAAAGAUACCGCAGCAAUCGAC